UGUAUCGUUGAUCGGCUUGCUACUAAACGAACACAGAGCUAGCUAGUACAUCGUGGCCGGARUAUGAGUCUCUUGAUAUGCAAGCUUGCCAAAACAGAUACUUCAUCUAUUAAGUUUAUCAAUGAGGAGAUGGCUGCGCUAAAAUGGAAACCAGGUUUGGAAGACCUUGAAUGUUAUUUAUCGUUGGACGAUCCUGGAGUAUACGUGGCGAAACUGGACGGUGUUCCUAUUGGAUCCGUGUGCUUUUAUAAGUACAGUAGUACUUAUUAUUCAUUUGGAAUAUUCAUUGUGAAAAAGGAAUACCAAGGAAAGGGCUAUGGAAUGAAGCUAUUUAACACCGCCAUGAGUGAGGUAGAUUGGUCACAGAUUGUGUCUGCAUACAGUGUUCCAGAAAUGGUAAACAAGUACGCACGAUACGGCUUUGAGUUUCGCUGGAUGUGCAAAGGAUACGACGUCAAUAUAUCAAAGGCUUUAGAAAUACUAACAGCAAUGACCUUCAACCCCGAUUUGAGCGUUAAAAAUAUCAAUGAAGUUGACCAAGAAGUCCUCUUAAGAUACGACACGGCCGUUUUUGGCUACCAAAGAAACAACUUCAUAUUAAAGUGGCUCCAUGCCAAGGGACGUCACGCUAAGGUGGUUGUCACUGAUGAAGGAGCUAUUGUUGGUUAUGUUGCUGCAAGAGUGUUGUAUGUAAAUGAAGAAGGCUACAGAGUUGGACCUCUUUUUGCAGACUCCACAGAAGUUGCUCAAGUGUUAUUGAAAGCAUUGUUUGAAGAUAUUAUUAGUCACGGGAUGUCUUGUUCCAAAUCGGUAAUCAUCCAGUGUCCAACUGAGAAGAAUGAAAACUCUGAAACGCUCAUGGAGCUGCUUCAAGGGAGAAUUUAUACAGAGUUUGUUUAUAUGACUACUAAAGGCAUUCCUAAUGGAUGUUUUGAUAAAUGGUAUGGUAUAACAACAACUGAGUUGGCAUGAACAACCGGUUUUAUAAAAAUAUAUAUUGCAAUUUUAUGCACAUUUAAAAAUGUCAUUAUAGUAUACUAUAUAUUUUGUGGUAGGGUAGGAAAAUAACAAAGUUACAUUUUUUGAUGUUUAAACAUGUUUUGUUUGCUGUAAGCCAAAACAAAUUGAUAAGAAUUUCCACGAGUUUACCAGUAUCUGAAUUACUCAAUCAUAACUAUACUUUUAGCACUAUAACUUUCCUUUAUUUCUAUAUCAUGUAUCUGCCAUGCGGUCCUUACAUCUAUUUCACCACGACAUGCUCCCAGUCUGACCUUGUAGCUCAGCUGGUAGAGCAUCGGUAGUAGAAAUCCGAGGGUCGUGGGUUUGAAUCCCAGCGAGGUUAGAAAUUAAUAAUUUUCCGAAAUUAUUUCCAAGUGUCUUCUCCCGGAAAACCUUUUUCCUAGCACUAUAAAGGCCGAAUUAGACGGCACAACUUUUGCCUACAACAGUACAACCAUCGCAUACAACUUGCGUAAGUCAUCCUUACGUUUAGCUACAACUGUCGUAGAGUUAUCAAACAAUUGUUUUUAUCUCUACGACAGUUGUAGCCAUGUCGUAAGGCUUACACAAGUUUCAUGCGAUAGUGUACUUAGCAAAAGUUGUGCCGUCUAAUUGGUCCUUAACUUUCCUAUAUUUCCAUAUAGUGCCAUGCGGUCCUUACAUUCAUUAUAACAACCUGAUUCAACAGAUAACCCAGUGAUGAUUAAUUGUAGAUGUAGAGAGCAGUGGUGAUGGACGUUCUAGUGCUAUGAGGAUUAAUUAUGACUUUACAGUGUACUAAUAAUUCAUGAUAUUAUAGUAAUAUCCAAUGUUUAUUUAGCUCUGUAUACAAUAUUUAGCGUUUAAUUCCAGUGAUCUGCAUUCAGUGUGUAAUCUAUUCAGAGGCAGAUCACUGGCUUUUACAAAUAUGACUAUACUAUGUACAUACUAUAAUCAAAAGUAGAAUAAAAAUGGACUAAAUUUGUCUA